AGUAGAUGACCUGUGUCCAUCGCUGUCUGCGUGUUCUGUGCGUGUAUUUAUGUGUGUGUGUGUCCAUCCUUCGAGAGAGGGGGUUCAAGGGUACCUCGCCUGCCUCCUCAUCGCAAAUUAACGCGGGCCGUUGUUCGCGACCGGUUACCCAGCUGAUCGGAGUGAGUUCAGUAAUUACAGGCUGCGCCCGCGACCGUCGACUCACACACACGCAACGACGGAGAAAGGGCGCGCGCGAGAAGGGAGGAAGGACAGGUUCCUAGCUGGGAUAUAAAGCCGUGUGUUCGUUACUGGUUACGGCAGAAAGCGACACGAUAGAUAAACGAGGAGUACGACGCACGCAUGCAGGCGCGGUGUCGGACGUUGACUCGUGUGACAUAGUGUGUGGAUACGAGUGGAGUACAUUUUAGCAACGCUUUCUCGUGCCGUGCGUGUCUGUGUAUGUGUGUGAACACACGUGGUUGGCUGGCUGUUCGUCUUUCCUUCGCUAUACGUGCUCGAGCGGUCUAAACAGUACGACACGUCGACGAGGACAGUGUAAUUAAGUGUUUAUACAACAAGAUCAGCAGCGGCGGUGGAGGAGGAUAGAUGGAGGGAUACAGCAUGAUGGAGGAGCUGGAGAAACGGCUCGAGACCGCUAGAGACUAUGACAGCAGGAGGAAAAUCAGAUCCAGGAUACGAGAGCUAAAGAAAAUAAUAGGCAGUGAUAGUACAUGCGCGCCCUCUGUGAGCGAGCUGCACAUCCAGCUGAAGGGCUCUCCAAUGACGAAGUCCGACAAUCUGUCAUUGUCAACGUAUCACGUGGACAGCAUCACGGACUCCGGUCGAAGACAAGACGUGACGUCACGGAUCAACACAGUUGUGACACCUGGAGGUUCGCAGGUGAUGCAGCAGCGGACCAUGAUGCUGUCGCAGAAGAUGACAAAUAGCGGCUCCAGCUGUCUGGAGCGCGACACGAUAUUGUCAAAAUACAGGAUAACUCCCGCUGGUUCCGAGCAGACGUCGAUGAAUGUGAUUCACACGACGCGACUGAAGAGCCCCGCAGGCACGAAACGCGUGGAAGGAGAGAGUUACCAGACCAAGGAGCGUCUAUCACCCGGGGGCACGCAAACACAGCACGUCUGUGAAGUACAGCUGCAGUACAGGGACCGCGGCAGCAGCAGUCCGGUGUCGGUGUCGCCACCUAGAGGACAGAUGGUGACCAAGGGCAGCAAGGUUAAGCGCCAUCAGUCCAUCCUAUCCAAGAGAGUUGGGGACGAAAGGUCGAGGCGGGAAGUUAUCGCCAAGGCGAGCAGCGGCUACAGCAGCGGCAGCGCCUCAGAUGAGGACUCCUUCCUGCCGGACUCCCCCGACCCCAUCGAUGCCUCCCUCAUCCGCUCGCUCGAGCAGGACUUCCUCAGCACUCUAAACUACAGCCUGGACGCCGACGACUCGCUAGGUGGCGCCACCGAUGCGACGCCGGAUGCAGCCGACGCGACCGGUCCCGCCAGGCGGAGCUCCAGCUCCGGGAGUUGUGCUUCGACCGGCGUCGACGACGACGAUGACGGCGGUGACGGCGACGACGAUGAUGACGACGAUGAUGACGACAAUGAUGACGAAAACAGAGAAAGCCAAGCUUCUCCGUCGCUCCGUCCGGAGGAGGAGCAGUCGCAGCGCCAUCUCGCGGCAGCGAGCGCCGAUGCCGACGUCUUCGUGUCGUCGAUCUCGCGGACUGCCGAGCAGGUGGCGCCCUCUCGCCCGCCGCGCACGAAGAAGCACCGCCCGCCGCCACUCGACCUCAAGCGUCGGCUCGGGGACCGAGACAACCCGUUCGCAACAACGGGCGCCUCCCCACUGCGCGCCGACGACGUCGACAGCCGUGCCUCCGUACCCGGCGGCGGCGACGACGUCGCAGAGGAGGUGGCCGACGACCAGGAGAACCCGUUCUGCGUCAUCGUUGAGCCGACGCUCGGCAGCGGGGUCGUGCGCGGCGGCGUCGCCCCGACAAUGCUGAGUAUCGUCUGCCCCGUGACGCUGCCCAGCAACGACGCAGACGAUACCGACGAUGACGAUGAUGUGCCGACGCCAGACGCCGGAAGCGUCGGCAUGACGUACGCCUCGCACGCGGAGACGAUCGUGUCGUCGGCUCGCGCGCCGCCGACGUCCGCGAGCGACGUGACAUCACGAUCCUUCACGUCCGACACGAUCCACGUGACGACCAGCGCUGCGCGUACGGUGGCGCCAUCUGGCGUGAACGGUUACGAGGAAACGAGUGGCGGUACGCGAGGUGCGGAGAAAGCGGGGCUGGUCAUAGAAGAGUUGCCCGGAGACGUGCACGAGCUACCUUCAGCCAGAGUUGGUGGAAGCAAUAUGGCGGAGUUGGAGAUUAUACGUGUGCGGGACGAGGUAGAAGAGGUUUCCAUUAGCAACGAUGAGAUCGAGGAAGAAAUCAUACAGGUGGCGGAGGACGAAGAAGAAGAAGAAGAAGAAGAAGAAGAAGAAAAGGAUGAGUUCACGUGGUGGGAGUUGUACUCGAUCUCGGACGGGAAGGAGCAGAAGAAGAUGGACAGUCUUUGGAAGGUUAACGACAUCAACCAGCUUGAGAACAUGCUGGUCGGAGCUCAGGACUUCGAGACGCGACGCGUGAUCCGCUCUCGUCUGCAGGAGGUGAAGAGGAAGCACAAGGACGAGAGGGAGGCGAUGAUGAGGAAGAAUAACCAGAGUCUACAGCUUCGCAGUGCUCCUCAACCCUUCGAAGGAAUGCAGCAGCAGCACAUGCAGGCAGAGGCUGAGUGGAGAAGGCAGGCAGAACUGAGUGGCUUUGAAGACAUGGCGAUGGGCAACCCCUUAGGAGCCAAUAGACAAGUCAUCCACGAGACAAGAACCGGUCCAGGUGGCACCACCGUCAUGUCAACUAGGAACACCUUCACUACACACAACCCCAACGUACGGAGCUAUCACAACGUGUUACUGCAGGACACGAGGGCCGUCACAAACACGGGAAACGUCGUUGACUACUCGCACUUGCAAUCUCCCGACGAUGCGGAACAUUUGGUACAGCGCCUGUCAGGACUGGGAGACAGGGAUGGCAGUGGCUCGGUCACCAUAACCAGAACGCAGACAAGCAUGGUGAAUGGAAAAUCUUCAACCGAAACCAGCACGAAAACGCAUAGCUUUGGUAAUCCAGCUGGUGGAAAUCAAGCUAGGUUAGCAUUCCAAAAGUUGGAUGCUGUGAGCAAUCCGAAACCAAUGAGCAGGUCAAUCACUCUUGGUGGGAGCACCCCGGGAGUGUUUAAUGCAAAUACCGCCAAAGAACAGCUGCUCUACUGGUGCCAGGCAAAGACGACAGAGUAUCCUGUCGAAAUAACGAAUUUCUCGAGCAGCUGGGCGAAUGGAGUCGCAUUCUGUGCGCUGGUGCAUCACUACUUCCCUCGAGCGUUCGAUUUCGGCAAAAUCAACCCAAAGAACAGAAAGGCAAACUUCACGAUGGCAUUUAAAGUCGCAGAAGAUCUCGGUGGGGUGUACCCGCUGCUGGAGGUGGAGGACAUGUUAAUGAUGGGCAACAGACCUGACUGGAAGUGUGUCUUCACCUACGUGCAAGCCCUCUACAGACAUCUGAAGGACAGACAACCUGGAGUCCCGUGAAUGUUUACACUGCCUGCCUGUUAAAACCGAACUCUUGAGAUUCAUCUUCCCAUGGAGAUUGUCGGGGUCGUCAGCCAAGAUGGCGGUUUGCCAGCAACUAAGACGAGAAAUCUUUGACGCAUUCUUGCCAAUCUUUGCACCGUGCGAUGCCGAUAUGUUACUAUGUAAAGCACAUAGUCUUAUAUAUGUGUGAAGAAUUAUACGUAACAACGUGGUAUAAGACGUUUUUUUAAAUGUACUCGGGUGGCUAUGAGUAUAGCACACAUCAGAGAGAAUAGUCAAGUCGUGUAUCUUCACCAAGAAUUUGCAUUUCGCACAUAGUAUGAAAGUUAGUGUGAACGGGACCGUCACGAUGUGCAGUUGACCUGCCUCGCACUGGUUUCAGUUUUGUCAUCAGCCAGUAUUGUUCCACAUCACAGUGGCUGCUUCAAUGACGAUAUUUAUUCAAAGUUUGAAUAUUUUGUUGGUGUGUAGAUACGGGGGGGGGGGCAGCUACAUACGUUAUAUCGUGAGUAAAUUAUCUUACUCUUGACUACAUAUAUAUAGAUAAAUAGUUAGCUAGAUAGAAGCGUAUAUAAAUAUACUGCCUGCCGGCCCUGCCAUGAAGAAUGUCUAAACUCUUCAUGAAUAAAGCUCCGAAAGAAGUCAAAAGCUGUAGAGCAUUUUGAACCUGAUGGUUCCUUUAAACAACCACGUGCCAGGCGCAUUGCCUGCUCAGCUAAGGGUUUAAUGACUAUGUGACACACUACAGGGAAAUUUUACAAUGUGUAUUGUUGUAACUGUACUCUAGAUGAGUACAUUAUAUGUUUAGAGAGCCAGAGGCAACCAGGUUAGGGGGGAAGAAACCAGAGUUUAGUUACACGCUAGAACAGAUAAAUAGAGAGAAAGAGUAUAGGCAUAGGACAGCAGUGGUAGACCAGAGUAUGCGAGCCAACCAUACGAUCACCAGUCAACGAACGAUAUUACUGGCCUUAUCCUGAAACAUUAGUUAUUCAGUAUCACGAGUCAACAUAGCUAGUUGUUGAACAACAUCUACUUUAUCAUCUGCAAUCGUGAAUUAAUAAUGAAAAAAUUUGUCCUUAUUAACCAUUGCUACAAUGUAUCUACAGGGCAUCCUCCUAAAUAUUUGCUAUCUACAUAUCUGAAACUGCAAUGUUGUAAUAUCUCAUCUUGAUCUCAUUUAUAUUAAAUGAUGAUUCAUAUGAUUUGUACUCUAUGCAGUUGAAGAGUAGGAGUUGUUAGUACAACGCAUACAACAUAUGUAAUGAUUUGUCAACGUCUGCACCCAAAAACUACGUGGAUGUAAAUUUGGAAAAGAUGAACCACAUACUUAAUAUUUUUGUAUUUGCAUCAAAUGUGAAUGACUCAUAUAAAGAAAUGUGGCAAAAUAACCCAUUUGGUAUACGUAAGCACAUUAUGGAGAUUAGUAAAAAUAUUGACCUAAAUUA